CGAUUUUUGGAAAAGAAAAUAUCUUUCUGUUGUAAACUAUUAUUGUUUUACUUAUUAAUUGUACCAAUCGUACCAUGUCUAACUCAAAGGACCGCGAAGAGCCUGUCGUGCUCGCUCACCAGUGCUACAUGAACAAGGACUACUCAUCCGCUCUCCAGCACCUAAACGAACUAGAAUCUCUCGCUGGCGCCAACAAUAAGAGGAUUCAGCACAACAAAGCCGUUGUAGAGUUUAUGGCUAGUGAUAUGAGGAACGUAGAGAAAUUUAAGAAGGCUAUUACGCAAAUUACGGCGGUUACUUUUCCCGAAGUUGACACAAAAGAGUCAUCUGCUUUCGCGCUGUACAACUACGCGGUUAUUUUGUACCAUUCUCGCUACUACUACCAAUGCGCCGUAGUGUUAGAGAGGUUACUCAACUCGAAAAACGUUAAAGACACUAAACUGCACCAGAAAAUUGUACUACUCAUGAUGGAAGCUACUCUUUGCCGACGAACAUUCAACAAGACUUUAGAUGUAGCUAACAAUCAUGCUGAAUUAAUGAAGUCAGACAGUGACAUUAAUAAUAUGUUUGAAAGGCUAGUUAGCAGGGCAAAGCUUCUCCUUGGACAGAAAAUAAAGUUAACAUUAACUGCUGAUUCAAUUGAGAAUAUAUUUGUAAUUGCUCAGCAGCAUUACAUCAAUGGAGAUAUGAAGGAAGCGGCAAAUACUUUAGGACAAUACAAGACACUUAAGUAUAAUUAUGAUCUGAAGACUCAGGGAGAAGACAUUUGGGCAGCUAUUAACAACAAUCUUGGGGUUAUUUAUAUGUCAGUGAAAAAGCCGUUUUUGGCUUCAAAGUAUUUCCAACAUGCUGUAAAAGAACACUUUAGAGCCAUGGAGAAUGACGACAGUGAGCGUCUCAUAGCCUGCAAGGACAGGCCGCUGUAUGUUUACAACUUGGGACUGGCAUUGCUGGCUGCAAACAACUCGGAAGGAGCCUUUGAAUGCCUGGUGGAGACUGCCCGCCACUACCCCAACAACCCUCGGAUAUGGCUCCACUUAGCCGAAUGCUGCAUCAAAAAAUGCUGCAGUGAUGAAGCCCAACAAUUCAAUGUUAAAAAGCUAGGCAGUGGCCCACACACUAGAAUACUCUUCACGAAAGAAGUCAAAGAGAAAUAUUCAACCAGUGGAGAGUCAUUUGCUAUACCAACAUUAUCUUUAGAAUUUGCAGCUCUAUGUUUGAGAAAUGCUAUCACUUUACUGCCAGAUCAGGAACCUACCAUAGAUGCAACACUGCCAGUGGUGCAGGCCCCUCCGGGACCACCCAUCAGCUGGAAGCAGUGCUGUGAAGUGAAGAACUCUGUGCUAGUUUUACAGAGUUAUGUGUUGCUACACAUGCAGGACCCACUCUCAGCCUUGAUGAGUGCUACGGAGCUCUUGAACCAACCUGACGUCUCCAACAGCCAUAAAGCCUGGGCCCACAUCUAUGCCGCUGAAGCGCUCAUAAACUUAGACAGAAUAACAGAUGCCGUGGAGCACCUGAACCCACAAAUGAUCCAUGAGCUAGUCUCAGUCCUCCCAUACCAGAUGAGAGACAUGAUAGCCGUCUCCGUGUGGGCCAAAGCUGCAGUUUGCCACAUUUUAAGAGGAGAUCUGGUUACUGCUAGGAAGAUUUUACUGCAAAUAAACUCUCCAAGAGUUUUACCCCUUCAAAUGUAUUUGGAAAUAUGUACUGGUAAUAUAGAAAACUGUCACACAACUUUGAGAAAGUUAAGAAGUUUAUCACAAUGAUUUACUCCAAUAUACUAUAUUUGCUAUAAAACA